GAAAGCUGUAAAUAACUGUAGGGUUUUCAGGUCAUCCAUUUACUGGGUUCAUAAACAAUAGACAACUAUAACAGAAACUAACAAUGGAGCUGAAAAGAAAAGGAGCACCGCCUUAUAACAGUGGCAGACAGGAACUUUGCAGACAUUCAGUGACAUCUUACGUGAAAAUGGAGACAGAUGCUUCUAUGGACCUGAAUUCCAGUUUUAAUAAAGAAGAACCAGAUCAUUCCAUCAGUUCACAAGAAAAAGAAAAGAAGAUACAAAAGAAAGAAGAAGGACAGGAGAAGAAAACCAUGUAUUACAAGUUAAAGGAAAUGAAAGAAAGCAACACCAGACUUAAGGAAAUGUUGGAGGGAGUGACUACACAGUUGACUGAAAAGGAAGAGGAGAGCAAUAGACUUAAGGGACAGUUACAGGAAGUGAAUACACAGUUGACAAACAAGGAAAAGGAGAGCAAUAGACUUAAGGAAAGGUUACAGGAUGCCAAUCAUUACAACAGGAAAUUAAAGAAGAACAUUCAUUCUUUCAUUUGGCUGACCUCCGUUCUGGUUCUGGUUCCACUGGGUAUUGGAUUAUAUUUUGGUUUUAAAGGACAUGAAGUGAAUCAUCCUGAGCUUCGACUGAUGUUAGUGGGGAAAACUGGAGCAGGAAAAAGUGCAUCAGGAAACACCAUCCUGCGUGAAGAAGCCUUCAGAGUCGAGGCAUCUCCUGCAUCUGUGACCACAAUCUGUAAGGUGAAGAACAAACUCCUGGAUGGAAAAAACAUCACCAUAAUUGACACUCCUGGUGUCUUGGACACAUGGCUAAUUUCGAACCGAAAGGCCAAUCAUGCACAUGAUUGUAUCUCCAUGUUUUCUCCCAAACCUCAUGUCUUCCUGCUGGUGAUCAGGCUGGGAAGAUUCACGGUGGAGGAGAACAAUGCUGUGAAGUGGAUUCAGGAGAACUUUGGAGAAGAAGCUCUGAAUUUCACAUUGAUUCUGUUCACUGGUGGAGAUCUGCUGGAAAAAAAGCCAGUGGAGAAAUUCAUCAGUAAUAGUUAUGAGCUCAGGAAUCUUGUAGAUACCUGCAAAGGUAGAUAUCAUGUUUUAAACAACUAUGAUAAAAGUAACCACACACAAGUCACAGAGUUGUUAGAAAAGAUCAAUGUAAUGCUACACUUGAACAUGGGUUACUUUUACACAAAAGAGAGUAGUAACUUUAAGAGCAAAGAGAUGGCAAUCAGGCAGGAAGAGGAAUUCAAGAGGAAAGCUUUGAAAGAAGAGCAAAAGAGCAAAGAAAUGGCAAUCAGACAGGAAGAGGAAUUAAAGAGGAAAGCUUUGGAAGAAGAAAUGAAAAUGGAGGAGAGAAGGAAGAUAAAUGAGAUGGCAAUGAAUCUGAGGGAAGAGCAGUAUGAGAACAAAAAUCUGAAGGCAGAGUUAGAAGGUGCAUAUAAGACAUCUUUCUGGUUUAAGGUCUCAGCUGGCUUCAUAACUCUAAUAUUUAUCAUUGUGUUUUGCAAAAAGAAGUAAACUAGUCGAAGCAUUGGGGGAUUUUCACAGCUAAUCAGGCCAUGGCUUAAAAUAAUAGUUUGUGUUAUCUUUAAAACUAACAGCAAAUUGAGUUUAAACUUACCCGUUUUCUAAGUUGUUGUUUUUUUUGUUUUGUUUUUUUCAAAUACUUUACAUACUAUCUUACUUACAAAGGUUUUACAAAUGAUAAUAAUAAUGGAGUACACAAAAUGUUGUGUUGUCAUGUUAGGAUUUGUAGUGAAUGUAUUUAGAUUUUUUUUUUUCAUUCAUUCAUCUAAGUGAAAAUUUCUAAUUAAUCAACUAUGUCUUGAUUUUUUUUUAAUGCUUCAAGACUACUGAACCCCUGUCAAUGUUCGAGAACAUUGUGGCAUGACCAUGAAAAUUCUUUUUCACAUACAUUUAAUUUUACAUUAUUAAGAGCUAACACUUUUUUCCUAGUAAAAAAAGAUAUUUUCAUGAAAGGUACUUGACAGAGAAAUCUUUUGUAAGUCUUAGGGUUGAAAUCAGUUAUUAAUUAGGAUCUCACUGAAGGUUUUGCCUCUGUCCUGUGCUCCAUUUUGUAAGACCAUUUCCUCACAGAGGUAUUCCAUUAAAUAAACACAGGUCAUUGUUGGUAAAAUUUUUUGUGAAAACUUUUCUAUAACUAUUUUAAUAUUAGUGGAAUCUUUUAUAUUUCUAUUAUUUGUGAAUUUAUGUUCUAUAUUUUAUUUGGAUACAUGUGUUUAAUUUUCGUAUUUUGUUAGUUCUGAAAAAGUUCAUUCAAAUACAUUUAUUAAAAUAUUUAACCUUUACUAAAGAAUUUAACAAUGUAACUAAAAAAAUUCAUUCUAAAGCAAUCAUUGACGGUGAUAUUCUGUUUUGUUUUUUGUUAAUCUGGGUUCUAAGAUGAGACUGAUUGUGAUGGAUGACUCUGGUUCACUUCCAGACUAGGAGCCUAAGGGAUGAAGAAUUAGGGACCUGAACAAUACAUCUCAGAUUUUGAAUAAAACAUGAAAAACUACAAACAUAAAAAUACUAAAGAUUAUUGUAUAUAAAUACCAAAGACAUUUGGUUCUGCUACAAAACAGGACACUGGUGACAAUAUUGUUUUUUUUUUACAAAAAAAUAAUUACAAAAAAUAUCCAAAACAAAUGAGACAAACUGAAACAAUGUGGGUUCAAUGAGGAUUGCCCAACCGCGCCCCCCC